AUGAAAGACGAUGGCCGCAGCAGGUGCAAGCUCGCGGCUUGCCCAGCCGGAGCACUCGGUCUCGCAACACGGUCGUGUGUGUGGCGGGGCCACGGGUCAGCAGACAGGGGUGCAAGUCAUUUCGACCUUGGCAAGAAGCGACCUUUUGCCACGGCCCAUCGUCACGAAUCCGGGGGCGGGCUCAUGCCAAACCGCGGCACUGCAGGCGUUGGGCGUUGGGCGUUAGGCGACGUAACGGGCACACACGGGCUGACUUAUCAUCCAACCGUAGAGAAGAAGCAUCUCCUCAUUCGAAUGGCACAGUUGGCAACUCACGCAAGUCGACCGGCGACUUUGAUAGGCAGACCCGACCACGAACUUGGCCCCGACCUCGUGACUCAUCCCCAGCCCCCGAUCCGGACCACAGGCCCACCCCGACCCCGACCGCCGGCGAGCAAGGAUGAGCUCCGUCCUACACAAUGCCUGUACGAAAUGUGCCGACACAAGAAGCACGGCAGGUUUCUACGAUGA